AUGCCAUCUUUCUUCAAGUAUGCCGCUAUGGCUUUGGCCGUGGCCGCCCCCUUCGCAUCGGCGCAGACUUACACCGACUGCAACCCACUGAAGAAGACAUGCCCGGCCGACGCAGGCUCUACCGAGUCAAAGAUGUCCUUUGACUUCACCAAGCCCUCUGGUCUCAACAAGUGGAAGACCACUGCCGGUAAGGUCAAUGCGGGUCCCAAUGGCGCUGCCUUCACCGUGGCUCAGCAGGGUGAUGCCCCUACCAUUGAGACCGACUUCUACAUCUUCUACGGGGAGGUCUCGGUCACCAUGCAGGCUGCUCCCGGCCAGGGUAUUGUCAGCUCCAUUGUCUUUGAGUCUGAUGAUCUUGAUGAGAUUGACUGGGAGGCUCUUGGUGGAAACACUGCCCAGAUUGAGACCAACUAUUUUGGCAAGGGUGAUACUAGCACCUACAACCGCGACACCUGGCCUGCCGUUGCCAACCCUCAGACUACCUUCCACACCUACACGGUGAACUGGCAGAAGGACAAGACUGUCUGGUCCAUUGAUGGUACUCCCGUCCGCACCCUGCAGUACUCCGAUGCUUCCGGUGGCUCUCGUUACCCUCAGACCCCGAUGCGUGUUCGUAUCGGUGUCUGGGCUGGUGGUGACCCCCGCAACGGUAAGGGUACCAUUGAGUGGGCUGGCGGUGCCACCGACUACUCCAAGGCUCCCUUCUCCAUGUAUGUCAAGUCCGUCUCGAUCACCAACACCAACCCCGCCACCUCCUACACCUACACCGACAACUCUGGUUCCUCUGGAAGCAUCAAGAUGAACGGUGCCGGUACCCUCAACGAGACUUCCGUUUCUUCUGGUGUUGUGAGCGCCACAACCUCUGCCACCGACUCCAAGUCGACUGCCACCGGCACCGGCACCCACACCACCAUGGCCACUACUGUUCACACCACCGCCACCUCCUCCAUCGAGGCCAUCAGCACUGGCUCUUCUUCUUCUAUCGAUGCUUCCUCCAGCACUUCCAAGUCUGGUUCUCCCAGCGCGGCCUCGAGCUCUGCUCAGCCCACGGCUUCCUACAACGCUGCCCCCAGCGUUGUUGCCAGCUACCUGGGACCCGUCUCUCUUCUGGGUCUGGUGACUGCUCUCCUGCAGCUGUAA